GGGUGAUAUAAAAAUUAACAUGCCUAAAUUUGUGUGUUGCAUACGUACGUACGUGUCUGCGCACUCCGAUCUUUGCCAAUCCCCAACUGUCUCAACCCCAACAUGCCAGCCUUCCGCUCGCUUCUCCUGGUGCUCAGCAUGGCGCUGCUCUGUGCGGCCAGCAACGUUGUUGACCUCACAUCGGACUCCUUUGAACACUUGACGCAAGCGUCCACUGGUGCCACGACGGGCGACUGGCUCGUGGAGUUCUACGCUCCUUGGUGUGGUCAUUGCAAGAGCCUCGCCCCUGUCUUCGAGCAAGUUGCCGACGAAUUGAAGGGGACCGUGAAUGUGGCCAAGGUGGACGUGACGGCGAACGCACCGCUCGGCCAGCGCUUUGCCAUCAAGGGAUUCCCCACCAUUCUGUUCUUCCACGAGGGGUCUAUGUACGAGUACGAAUCCGCACGAACGAAGGAGGCGUUGGUAGCGUUUGCCGAGGGCGGGUUUGCCUCUGCGGCAAAUACGCCCGUGCCUGGCGUGCCAAGUGUCGUCGAUACCAUCACGAAGGAACUGGACGUGGUUCGCCGCGACGUCGUGCAACUGCUCGGAACGAAGAAGAACGCGAUUGUAGCCAUCUUUGCCUCAGGCCUGACCAUUGGUCUGCUCCUCGGAUGUUUCUGCAACUGCUUCACUUCUCGUCCUAUCGCCACUAAGCAGAAACGCAACUAAGCCCCCCACCUGUGGCCCUGAACUUUUGCAUGUGUCUUAACCAUUUAUUAAGGCGGUCAUACAUUGUUAAUUCGCUUUGGGGGGCGCGGCGGCGGCGUUGUGCUUGCCAGUCUGCCAGGACGGACAACGGUCGGCUACGGCGACAUUGGCCAGGGCCGAGUCAAUAUGCUGGCCGCAUCCGGCCCACGUUGGCUUGUGGCACACGGAGCAGUCGAUCUUUCGGCACAUGGGAACGUCGAAGGUGUGCGCGGCUUGGAAAGGUGUGGAUGGAUGGCAAAUCGAAAAUCGAAUAUAAAGCAUGAAGCGAAUUUUGUCCGGUUAAGUCUGGAUAAAUAAUGGAUCUCAGCUGUAAAAGGAAUAUUAUCAUUCCGAUGA